AUGGCGGAGGGUGACCGGAAUUCCCGGUUUUUUCACAAGAAAGCAUCAAACAGAAGACAAAGAAACAAGAUUAAGGGCCUUUUUGAUGCUAGUGGAAUAUGGCAGGAGUCCAAGGUUGGAAUUGAUGGGGUUGUGUUGGAGUAUUUUCAGGAUAUAUUUAGUUCCCAACCCUCGGAUGUGGAGGCUCAGGACUUGGUUCUUCAGACCAUUGAACCCCGAGUUUCUGCGGAGAUGAAUGCUCUUCUAUUGGCUCCUUAUAGUUCGGAAGAAGUUCGAAUUUCUUUGUUUCAAAUGCAUCCUUCGAAAGCACCGGGUCCAGAUGGUUUUUCACCUUUCUUUUUUCAGAAGUACUGGGAUUUGGUUGGCCAUGAAGUUAGUAAUGCGGUGAUCUCGAUGUUAACUCUUUCUGAAAUUCCCCCUGAUUUGAAUUACACUUAUGUUGCUCUCAUUCCUAAGAUCAAAGAAGUGGUGAAUAUGUCCCAUCUCCGGCCAAUUGCUUUAUGCAACGUUAUUUACAAGAUAGCUUCCAAGGUUAUUGCCAAUAGGCUCAAGAGUUUUUUGCCUGACAUUAUUUCCCCCCAGCAGAGUGCUUUUGUCCCUAAUCGUCUUAUCUCUGAUAACACUUUAGUGGCGUCAGAACUAGCUCAUUACAUGCACAAAUUGAGUCGUGGUCAAGAAGGUUUUUUGGCCCUUAAGCUGGACAUCAGUAAAGCCUAUGAUAGAUUGGAAUGGGGCUUUUUGCAGCGUAUCAUGAUAAAAAUGGGGUUUGCUGAGCAGUGGGUGGCACUGAUUAUGUCGUGUUUAUCUACGGUACGCUUCUCUUUCCUUAUUAAUGGUACACCUAGAGGUUAUGUUACACCGCAGAGAGGAUUAAGGCAGGGCGAUCCAUUGUCUCCCUACCUAUUUCUACUAUGUGCAGAGGGCUUGUCUGCUCUUAUUUCGCAUGCGAUUUCUAAUGGGCAGUGGCAGGGGUUGCGAGUUUGUGAUGGGGCUCCUUCUAUUAGUCAUCUCUUGUUUGCAGAUGAUAGUAUGCUCUACUCUUAUGCUACAACCCAAGAUUGUUUAAUGAUCCGGAACGUGCUCAACAUUUAUGAAAAAGCUUCGGGACAACAAGUGAAUUUACAAAAGAGCAAUGUGGUUUUCAGUGGAAGCGUUCUGCCGCACUUGAGGGUUAGUAUGGCCCAGGCUCUUGGGGUUCAGGUGGUGGACAAGCAUGACAAGUAUUUAGGGGAUUCCGACUCUUGUUGGCAGAAUCUCAUUCAGGAACUCCAUCAAUUGUGUGCCCAGUUUUGGUGGGGCAACACUGAUGCGAAGAACGCCAUGCAUUGGCGUGCUUGGGAUGAACUUUGUAAACCUAAAAGUAUGGGUGGUAUGGGUUUUAGGCACCUUUUUGCUUUCAAUUUAGCCAUGUUAGCAAAACAAGGUUGGCGGCUAAUUCAAAAUCUGAACUCUUUGAUUGGUCAACUUCUCAAAGCUCUUUAUUUUCCUCAGAGUAAUUUCUGGGAGGCUUCUCUUGGCUCCCAACCAUCUUAUGCAUGGAGAAGCAUCUUGCAAGGCAGAGACAUUCUUAGAACUGGCAUCAAAAGGCAUAUUGGGAAUGGUUUAUCUACCAAUAUAUGGCUGGACCCGUGGUUGUUGGAUGAGGAUUUGACUGCCUACUCCUCGGACAGAGUAACUCUUGUGGCUGAUCUCUUUGAAUCUCCAGGUGUGUGGAAUUCUGCUUUAUUAACGGAAUUAUUUCCUAUUCACAUUGUGCAGAAGAUUCUCGCUAUUCCUCUUAGUCCCCGGAACCAUGAAGAUAGGUGGAUUUGGGGUGGUGACAAGAGAGGUCAGUUUACGGUUAAAUCCGCCUACCAUGUAGCCCGGAAUCGGAUUCUCACUGAUCAUUCUACUACACCUAAUCCAAGUGCUUCUCUUUGGCAUCGGUUAUGGAACUCUACAGUUCCGGGUAGCGUCAAGGUUUGUGCAUGGAAAGCAGUUUCUAAUGUUCUUCCUACUCGGAGUAGGCUUAGCGAACGUGGUAUUGAUUUGGAUACCCAAUGCCCACUCUGCGAUGAAGAAGUUGAGACUCCUAUCCAUGCAGUUCGUGAUUGUCCCCAUGCUACAAGUUUGCUUCAGGGAGCCAACUUGCCAUUAGUUUCGAGUCCCACAACUGUUACAGAUUGGCUUUCGUUUGUCUCUUUGUCAACCCCUCAGUUUUUUGCUUCUACACUUAUGAUUCUUUGGGCAACUUGGAGGAAUAGGAAUGCCAAGGUUUGGGAAGGUGACUUUAAGGAAGCAUCCCAGAUUGUACCGAUGGUUUUGGGUUGGUUUGAAGAUUAUAAAGCUGCUCACAUGACCCCCCGUUUGGGUUUGGUUAGUAGGUUGGUUUCUAAGUGGAAGAAACCCCCAGUAGGCUUUGUGAAAUUGAAUGUUGACGCUGGCUAUGAUCACACGUCGUGUCGGGCAGGCUUAGGUGGGGUGUUCCGCGACCAUAACGGGGCGUUUCUCCAUGGAUUUCGACACACUAUUCUGACUGCUAACUCGGCUCGACAUGCGGAACUUCUAGCUUUGGUGUUGGGAGUGCAGCUCGCUAUUGAUCAUUAUCUUACACCUUUAAUAGUGGAGACUGACUGCUUGGAUCUGGUGUCUGCACUUUCCUCUUCCUCGCUGGAUUUUUCGGACUUGGGAUUUCUGUUGGCCGACCUGCGGAUCUUGUUGCACGAAGCACAGGGAGCUCGAGUCGUUCAGGUCGGAAGGCAAGCCAAUGGGGUGGCUCACAUCUUGGCUCAAGAUGCCAAAUAUGCUGAUUUUCAAAUAGACUUCUUUUCAUGUAUUCCUCUGUCUGUAGAGGCUAGCUUAAUCUAUGAUUCAAAGAAGCCUACUCUUAUCUUUCUCUCGGAAACCCUAGCACAGAAAAAUGUCAUUGACUCCCUCACGCAUAAGCUUGGCUUCAAGGACAGCUUUUGCGUCCCCCAUGAGCAAGAAUCUCAAGGACUUGCCAUCCUAUGGAACGAAGAGACUCACGUGGACAUACGUACUCAUUCUCCAAAUCACAUCGAUGCUGUAAUUGGCAAACCGGGAACGGACCUUUGGCGUUUUACCGGCAUUUAUGGAGUUGCUUCCAAAGGAGGGAGAGAUCGAACAUGGCAGCUUAUCCAUACUCUAGCUGAGCAGGGCUGUCCGCUGCCAUGGUUAAUGGCUGGAGAUUUUAACGAAGUUAUGUCUAGCAAUGACAAAUCUGGUGGACCUCCUCGUGCUCUUGCGGCAAUGGCAAAGCUUCGAAGAACAAUGGCAUCUUGUGGUCUUAUUGACAUGGACUAUGUUGGACGAAGAUAUACAUGGUUCAACAGAUACACAAAAGAAAGGCUUGAUCAAAGUUUUCAAACCAUUCAAUAG